AUGGGUGAUAUCGACAAUACAAUGUCUCCUGAGCGAGCCCUGAAUUUAGUCACACAAGUCUUCCUGAAUGAAUGGUCGCUACUCAGAAUGGACGAUGUCAAUGUUACGAAACUCUCAGGAGGAUAUUCCAACACCAUUUGGUUGGUUUCUCGAACGACAUGUAACAAGAACGGUAGCAGCGAACCACAUCAAGUUAUCAUAAAAGUUGCCGGAGGAAAUGUCAUGCGAGAUUCGAUUCAACGCUUUUGUUCAACUAAUGAUAUAGAAGAAAUUAUUAUCACCAACGGUGCUUCUAACAACGGCUGCGGACCUAAAUUGUAUUGUCUGUCUGGUAACUCUAUGGUCGUUGAAUACAUCGAAACGAUUAAAAUGACACCGUUACUCGCCUUGGAGUCAAAUAUGGUGAGAGAAAUCGCGAAGUCUCUAGCAAAAUUUCAUUCGAUGAAUCUGCCACUCGAUAAGAGAGGGUUUAAUGUGCUCAAGAAGACUCAAGAGUUCAUUGAGAAAGUGCCGAUUUCACGAACAAAGUCACAUUGGGAAGAUAUAAAAGAUUUCGUAAAAGACAAGAUCCACAACCUUCAAGAUGUCGAUGACUUUCUCGAUUGGAAUAUUGUUGACGAGCUCGAAUGGGCUUUGCUUCUGAAAGAUAAAAUCAAGUCUCGUAUAGUGAUGAGUCAUGGCGACUCGAACUUCAUGAACUACUUACUCCGGAAAACUGAAAUUGAAGGUGAACUUCGAGUAGUUCUAUGUGACUUUGAAUAUUCAUGCUACUGCGAAAGAGCUUUCGACAUUGGUGGUCAUUUCUCCAAUUUUGUGUUUCAAUGGAAUGAAGAUAACAAGCUCACCGGUCAUGCUAUUCCAAAAAUAGAUCAACGAAGAGAGUUCCUGAUUUACUAUCUCGAAGAAACAAAGAAACUGAGUUAUAUUCAUGACUUCGACGAAUCAGGAAGAGAUUCCAUCGAAAAUGUUAUGCGCGAGGCAGAUUAUGGUGUUGUUCUUUACUAUCUGUUUAUUCUCGGCUUGAUGCGAUAUUCUUUCGAUGCUUACAUCAAACCACAUUCAACGUUCGCAAAUCUUUACAAAAUUAUGAUCAAUGAUUACAACAAGCUCAAACAUAAGUUCAUUGAAAUGUAUCCAAAGAUUUAA